GGGAGAUGCUGCUGGAGUUGCUUUGGCGCCAUUCCUCUCUCUCUGUCUCUCUGGCUUUAAUCUUUCCAUGUUGGGACAAUACAUUUAGCGAAUGGAGAUGUGAAGAGGCUUAAAGUAUGGCAUGCAAAGAUGGUUUCUGCCAAGAAGGAGAUGGUAACUGCGAUGUACCCCAGUUACAUUUCGACUCUCUUCUACUUUUUCUGCUUGAUUGCUUGUGUAAAGAGAAUCUCUGGAACGAUAAAAAAGGAUGACAGAAUAUAUCCCGAGAAUUUCACACGCAUUUUAGACAGACUCCUGGACGGGUAUGACAACAGACUGCGACCUGGAUUUGGGGGUCCGGUGACAGAGGUGAAAACAGACAUUUAUGUGACAAGUUUCGGGCCUGUCUCUGAUGUUGAAAUGGAGUACACCAUGGACGUGUUCUUCAGACAGACAUGGGUCGACAGGAGGCUGAGGUACGAGGGUCCUAUUGAGAUCCUCCGACUCAACAACAUGAUGGUCGCCAAUGUGUGGACUCCUGACACCUUCUUCAGGAAUGGCAAGAAGUCUGUGGCACACAACAUGACUGCCCCCAACAGGUUGUUCCGCAUCAUGAAGAACGGCACGAUUCUUUACACCAUGAGGUUGACUAUCAGUGCAGAGUGUCCCAUGAAGCUUGUGGACUUCCCCAUGGAUGGACAUGCAUGCCCUCUCAAGUUUGGAAGCUAUGCAUACCCUAAAACAGAGAUGAUUUAUACCUGGACCAAAGGACCACAGUAUUCAGUGGAGGUUCCCCCAGAAUCAUCCAGCCUAGUGCAGUAUGAUCUCAUUGGCCACACUGUCAGCAGUGAGGAGGUCAAGUCAAUCACAGGUGAAUACGUGGUGAUGACAGUGCACUUCCACUUGAAGCGGAAAAUGGGCUACUUCAUGAUUCAGACGUAUAUCCCCUGCAUCAUGACAGUAAUCCUCUCCCAAGUGUCCUUCUGGAUAAAUAAAGAAUCGGUCCCAGCUCGAACAGUCUUCGGCAUCACCACGGUCCUGACCAUGACCACGUUAAGCAUCAGCGCGCGCCACUCCCUCCCCAAAGUCUCCUACGCCACCGCCAUGGACUGGUUCAUUGCCGUGUGCUUCGCCUUUGUCUUCUCCGCUCUCAUAGAGUUCGCUGCCGUCAACUACUUCACCAAUGCAGAGAUGGAGAGACUGAAAAGGAAGCCGCCAAAAUGCCCGCCGGCGCCCCAAACAACCCCAGUGAAAGUGAAGGAUAUGGAGGAAGUUCUGCAGCAUAACCCUGACACCAAUGGUAACCUGCGGAAACGGAUGAACUAUAUGUCCCAGCAAGAUGGCCAGAAAGCCGAGUCAAACAGCACAGCAGCGGCAAGAGGGGUAACCAGGAAACAACCCCAGUCUGGCCAAUCAUCUUCAUCCAAAGGGGCAACUGGCGGCGCCAUCAUCCUACCACACUCCAGCCCUGGCCCCGCCAGCCAGCCCAACACUUCCUCCUUGACCCUGUCUGCCAUGAACACGCCCCUGGCUCCACCCACAACUGAAAAAGCAAUGACAAUACUAGCCAAUCAGAGCCAGCCCACUGCUGACUCCUCGCUCCGGGACCUUCUAGGACCCAGACUGGAGCACAUUCAGCUGAUGGGCAAAAAUGAACCCAAGCAGUUGCCAUGCUCCCAGCCGACCACCGCCAGUAUGGGUGGGACCAGUAAAAUCGACAAGUAUGCCCGCAUCCUGUUCCCGGUGUCCUUUGGCGCAUUCAACAUGGUGUACUGGGUGGUUUACUUGUCAAAAGAUACCAUGGAGGCCAAAUUUAGAGGCCAAAUCUAGUUUCUAGCUUCUCUUGGGGUCAUUUUGGGAAUCCUUUUCUACAAAAUGUAAAAUGACAGGAGAAAAAUAGCUUUGGAGACAUGAGAGAUUAAAUAAUUUUCAACUAACAAGGAAACCGAAUAUGCUGGACAAGAGCCUCUAAAGAUUACACCCAGGAAUACUAAUCUCUGCACAUCUGUUUGUUUAAUUUCCGAGAGGUCAUCUGAGAAUGAGCAUGGUAAAAAAAUAAAAAAUAAUUUAAAAAAAAUGUCUGAUUCCAACAAAUAUCACAACUAUGGCCAUAUCCAAUAUGCAAUACAGUAACGGUGUGUAACGGUUUGAUGGAUUGGUUAGUUGUCUUAAUGUUAGUGAGUACAGUAACACCUGAUCUUUGCAUAAACAGUUAAUAGGUCCCUCUAGUCUUGGCAGGCAUUGCUCCAAUGACAAAGGAUAAGGACAAUAUCACUGAAGACGAGCUGGACACACAAGGUGUCAAGCAUAUGAACAAGAAGAUUUUGGGUGUACUUUCUCCCUUAUUGAUGACCAGAAGUAAAUGACUGGGUAUGUUGUCAUUUGUUCUGGUAUCAAAAGUAGAUACACUUUUGUCCACUCAAGUCUAAUUUGCGCUCCCAAGUCUGUGCAGCAAACCUCGACCAAGCUUUGUUAAAUAGCAUAGAAUGAGGAUACCAAAUACCAUAGGUGCUGGCCUAUUUACUUCACUCAGUACCCUACAAACAACAUUUCCAGGGGGUAAUGUUCAUCUAAGCCCCAUUAGUUCCCUCCAAAAACAUUCUAGGAAGUCUUUGUUUGAACGGUCAACUAUGAAAUUAGCGUUUUUAUUUUUUUUACAUGGUCAGUUUCUGGAACAUUGUGUACUAAUGUAUUCAAUCAAUAUUCUUCAUUCAUGUUAACUUACAAAGGAACAUAUUGUAGGAACCCUUUGGUUUGGGAACGUUUCCUCUUAGUUCGGGAGUGUUUAUUUGUGAGCAAAUGUGGGGCCUGAUUCAUACGGUUUUGUCCGCUACCUGUUAUUGUUAUUGUGCAUCAUGUGUGCAGAGGAAGAGUCAUUUCCCAUAACCAAAUUGAUACUAUUAAUGUAGAAUGCCGUGCACUACCAUGAGUCCAUCGGGACACGCCCAGAAAUUCUGUUG